AUGACUCGUUUCGGGCUUCUCUCUUUGGCUCUGCUCUCGCUUCAGGCUUUCGUCGGUACCGGCUUUGCAGCUGAGACCGAGAAGGUCGCCGAGACUGAUGCUCCCACCCUUGCAGUCUCAGCGCAGGCUUCAUUCCCUGCUUCCGAGAUCUUUGGGGUGAAGCUCGUCAACGGUCACCCGACCCAAGCGCUCAUUGCUUUCACCAACGACGAGCCCAAUCCUGUCACUGUCAACUUUGUUGGUGGCAGCUUGUGGACUCUCGAUGAGCAGAGCAAGAAUGUUCGCAACUUGACCGCCACGCGUUAUGCUGUGGAGAUCCCCGCAAACUCCAAGGAGAGCCUCAGCUACAGCUUUGCGACGGAGAUGCACCCUGUGGACCUCCGUCUUAAUAUCGCCGCCAUAAUGUCCGAUAGCGAGGGCCAUUUCUUCACCUUGCAGGCCUUCAAUGGUACUGUGAGUGUAGUCGAGCCCGAGACCAGCAUUUUCGACCCUCAAAUCAUCUUCCUCUACUUCUUCCUCUUGGCCUGCUUCGUUGGCGUCGUCUACUUUUUCUACACUGUCUGGGUGGCGCCUUACUUCCCCCAGAAGCGCAAGGCUGUCCGGUCCAGCGAGAAGAAGACUCCUGCCAAGCGCGAGAUCGUGGAGGAGACCCCUAGCCCUGCUGUCACCUCAGCCACUACUUACAACGCCGAUUGGAUCCCCGCUCACCAUAUCACCCGCCCUGAGGCCAGGAAGGUCAAGAGUGGCAAGUCCAAGGCUCGUGCUUAG